GUAAAAAUUUCCCAACGAUUUGACCUUUCUUCGCAGAGAUGCAGUAGUGACACUUUCCAUCAGCUAUACAGCGAAAACUGGAAAAAUGAAAGGUUUGUUUUUUAUUAAAAAGUGGAAGUGUGGCACAUCUUUUGAUAGAUCUCGGCAUGCCCAUAGAGGAAGAAGAGAGGAACCAAAUGUUUUUUCUGCUAUUCAGCUUAUUUUUUUUGUUUCUUACUUUAUUAGAAAAAUAAUAAAAGUUUCCUACUAUAAAGGUUGGCAUAUAAUUUUCCGUCCCAGUGUACUAUCUCUCAUCCCAUGGCAGUUUCACCUUUUUGCACUUCUUUGCAUAGAAAAAUUGAUGAAAACACACAUCGAAAAAUUAAUGUUACUUACGUAAUUAAGCGGAUGGUAAUAAAGUAAGCAAAGGAGUAAGUUUAGUUACGGUAGGGGGUAGGGAUCAACUAAACCUCACAGAUUGGUUGCUUAGAAUAUUUGGAUGACGCCAUACAAGAAAUCAUUUUCCGUUUGACUUUGUAAAUAAGGCUUUAAGAACAGAAGAUGUUGAAUCUCUGUUUAAACUACGAUAUUUUAUUACCGAUCUUUGUAAACAAUUAAAACAAAUUUAUGAUGAAAAUCUUGAAUUUUAUCAUGUAUUUGAAACUACAUCCGUUUAUCGCGGUUUGAGAUUAUCCGAUCAAGAUAUUGAACAAUUAAAACAAUCAAGAGGAAAAUAUAUAUCAACCAAUGGCUUUUUAUCAACAAGUUUAAAACAAGAAGUUGCAGAAUUAUUUGCCACAAAUGUAAUGUUUGAAAUCAAAGUUGAUAUGUUACAAACUUUUGCUUAUAUUGCUCAGUUGAGCAAGGUUCCAGAUGAAGAAGAAGUUUUGUUUGAUUUAGGAGCUGUAUUCAAAAUUGAAAAUGUUGCAUUUGAUGGUAAAAAAUGGGUUGUAUCAAUGAUUGGCGACAAUACCCUAGAGCUAUUAAACAAUGAUUAUAUUACGAAUUUACGAAAAUUUUACCUUCCAGAAAAUGAUGGAUUUGCUAAUAACUAUCCGGAUAUUGUUUAUGGUUAUUUUCUAUUAACUAUGGGACAUGAAAGUAGAGGAAUUGAUUAUUUUGAAAAUCUGUUUAAAUUAACAUCUCCAUCUACAGAUUAUAUUAAAUCUUUAUGGAUUAUUUAUAUGCUUAUUAAUGCAUAUACAAAAAAUCAACAAAUAGAUUUAUUAGAAAAAUAUGAAACAAUCGCAUGUGAUGUAUGUAUGUUAUUAAAGACAAUAGCUCCAUCAGCAAAUGAAAUUUAUUUACAAACAUUGGCUUCAAGAAAUUAUCGAAAACAACAAUAUGAUUUAGCAUUAGAUUAUUAUAUAACUGAAUUAAAAAAUCCUAUUUCACUUUCAAAAAUUCAAAAAUUUCAUCAUUUAAUUGGCUUAAAUUAUUUUAAUCAAGAAAAUUAUUUUUAUUCUUAUAAACAUCAAAAACAAUCAUUAGAAAUUCUAGUAGAAUUUUAUCCAAAUGACAAUUCAAUAUCAAAUAGAUUGAUGAAUAUGGGUCGAAGUUUAUUAUAUCUAGACAAUUAUACAGAAUCAAUUAAAUAUUUUAAAAAAUCUUAUGAAAUUAAAAAAAAAUGUUUACCAUUACAACAUCCUGAUUAUAAACAACUUUAUUUUCUUUUUUCUGUUACUUAUUAUUUAAAUAAACAAUUUGAUCUAUGCAUUCAAUCUUGUCAAAUGGGUUUACAAAUAAUUGAUAGAAGUUAUGAUUAUGAAUUUUAUUAUUUUCUUGCAAAAUCUUAUUUUGAAAGAAAACAAUAUAACUUAGCUAUUGAUUAUUAUUUUGAUUUAUUCAAAAUAGAACAAAAUAAAAUACCAAAAAAUGAAGAAAAAAGUGAUGAAUUGGUUUAUCUGAUUGAAAAGUGUUAUAAAAACAAAGAAGAAGAAGAUAAAUUAGAAAUUAAUGAUUAUCUAAAAUUGUUAGAAUUAUAUGAAAAUUAUCACUUUGAUCGGAAUAUUGAUGCAACUGUUUACAGGUAUGAAGCAUUAGCCUUAUUGUAUGAAAAUGGAAAAAAUUAUGAUGAAGCGAUGAAAUAUUGGUCGAAAUUAUCAACAAUGAACAAUAUUAUUGAAAUUUCAAAUAAUAACAGUAAAUUCUGUUUCCAUCUUGGAUUAUGUCACUUUAAGAUGAAUCAAUAUGAUUUAGCCAUUGACUUUUUUAACAAAUCACAAGUAAGGCUCCCAGACUCAUUGGCGCUUGCCUUUGUUAUAAGAUUUACCCGUUGGCAUAAAGAAACACCGUAG